AUGUGGCCACAGCACACUUCAGAGUACUCCAGCCUCUUCUUCGCCGGCCUGCAGGCGAUAGCGAGCAAGAGCAGCAGACCGUCUUCCAUGAUUGCGGGCCCAUCGUCCUCCACGUCUCGUCCACUGCCACACACUCCAGGCAAAAGAAAACACGCGAGGACCGUUUCUGCUCCUCACCAUGAUCCUCCCCAGAAACCGCUGCCGAGCGUCAAGCCGGCCAUGCAGUCCGUAGAUACACCACAAAAGGGGGCUGCGAGCGCCUCAACGAGUGCCCGUGCAGAUGGCAAUUUGGGCGGUUACUCAGACGCGACGAGACGCGGGGAGAACGCCCCUGUGUCCUCCCUAAAAUCUCCUACGUAUCGCCCGAGAGAUCCGGAGACGGAUUCGCUAGCGAGCGAUCACACCGAGCGCUGCCCGUCGCCUCUCACAUCAUUCCUCUCCUUCGGCCACUCACCCGAAGAAAGCGCGGUGGAUCUCGCCCCGAAGCGCGAACGGCGGAUCUCCAUCCAGACAAUGCCACUUCCUCGCAAGACGUCGCACGCACACAAGCGUCGCUCGGUGGUCAGCGUUGAUCUGUCGCCCCUGUCGGAAAAGCAGGGCGUGUUUGGGCACAACGUCGCUGCGACGUUCGUGUUUGACGAGGUCGGCCGGUGGGGCGGCGACGACGUGGCGGGUAAUUGGCGCCAGGGAACGGAGAGCUCGUUCCAAGAUGACCGCUCGUUCCUCAUCACAUCUUUUUGA